ACUCGGUCGCGCGUCCGACGACCAUCGCUGUCGCUACUUCAACUGUCGUGUCGUGCCGUUAGCGAACGGUCCGCUCCGAUCCUUGGAGUGUUGAUGCAGUGUUGAGUGAUGGUGUGAUUUUAGCCGUACAAACGAAAGUGUAUCGCUACAAAGUACCACUGUCGCGGUGUGUGGCGAGUUCCACGGAGUUCUAACGGCUGUUCGCCUGCCAGCGAGGGAAGGCGGAUCGCUUCUACCGGGAGGAAUGAGCCCCGUACACCACCGGUCCCGCACUCACCGAUGAUCUCAAGAAACAAUGUACAUAGAAACCUUACCUCUCGUGGUUUGGACGCUCUUAGUCACAACGACACAUGUAGCGACACAAAGCCAAUAUGGAAUAGGUUUAGGAAUAAAACGAGAAGUGUUUUUCUUAAAUUUAGAAGACGGCUAUUUUGGUUGUCAAGUAAACGAAUCGACACAAAUAUUACAAUUAUAUGAAUUAUCUAAAUUAUGCGACGGUGUGCCGGAUUGUUAUAAGGCAUCCGACGAACUCAAGUCAGAGUUAAAAUGCACAGAUGAUUGUACCAAAGAAGAUGGCGCGCGUUGUAUAAAUGGUGCUUGUCUAAAUGGUGUGUGCCAUUGUAAUGAUGGUUUCGGUGGAUGUAACUGCCAGGAACCUGAUGUAAACGAAUGCAAAGACAGACCAUGCGAUGUUUUUGCUCAUUGUACAAAUACAGUCGGUAGUUUUCAAUGCUCGUGUUUUCCUGGCUACGUAGGCGAUGGUUUCACUUGCAAAGAUAUAAAUGAGUGCGAAGAUCCAGCGAUAUCGGCUCGAUGUGUCGAGAACGCCGAGUGCUGUAAUUUGCCAGCUCAUUUUAUUUGCAAAUGCAACCGCGGCUUCGAAGGCGACGGAGAAGAGGAAUGUCGAGAUAUUGACGAAUGUCGACGACCUGGUGCUUGCGGUGCUAACGCUGUUUGCCAGAACUAUCCAGGAAAUUACACGUGUGCAUGUCAAGCUGGUUAUACCGGAAAUCCGUUCGAUGGCUGUGUUGACUUGGACGAGUGCUUGAACCCGGAGUCAUGCGGCGUGAACGCGGUGUGCCGUAACCUGGAGGGCGGCUACGAGUGCAGCUGCCCCGCCGGCUUCGAGGGCAACCCGCGCGUGGCCUGCAGCGACAACGACGAGUGCUCGCGCCACUCCUGCGGCCGCAACGCUCUCUGCGAAAACUUCCCGGGCGCUUUCCGAUGCGUUUGCCCACCAGGUUUCCAAGGCGAUCCUGAUAUUCUUUGCACCGACGUGGAUGAAUGUAAGAGUAGCGAAGCAGUGUGCAGCGCACACGCAGUAUGUACCAACACGGUGGGAAGCUACGUGUGCGCGUGCGAACCCGAAUACACAGGGGACGCGCGCGCGCCCGCCGGCUGUCGUGAUGUCAACGAGUGCGAGAUAUUCGAACGACCUUGCGGCACGCACGCGCUCUGCGAGAACGCCGAACCGGGAUACAACUGCGUGUGUCCCCAGGGAUACAGGGCCAAACCGGAUCCGCAGAUUGCUUGUGAACAGGUUGACGUCAAUACUUUAUGUAAAUCAAACUUUGACUGCACUAAUAAUGCCGAAUGUAUCGAUAGCCAAUGUUUUUGUAAAGAAGGAUUUGAUGCCAAAGGAUCAGUUUGUGUCGACAUCGAUGAAUGCUCUACUAAAGCAACUAUAUGCGGAGAAAAUGCCAUAUGUAUAAAUACACCUGGUGGUUACAACUGUGAAUGCGCUGCUGGAUUUGUAGGAUCGCCACCUCAGAUAGGAUGUCGAGCUCCCUGCGAGGAUGUUAAAUGUGGUGACCACGCAUUAUGCAAGCCCGAUGGAUCUGAAGCUUAUUGUGUAUGCGAGGAUGGCUGGACUUUCGACCCCAUGGAUAUAGCAGCUGGAUGUAUUGAUAUCGAUGAAUGUGAUACCUCAUUAGGACCAGUUGGUCGUUGCGGUGUGAAUUCAAGAUGUACAAACACACUAGGAGGCUUUACAUGCCAAUGUCCCGAUGGCUACUCAGGAGAUGCCUACAAACAAUGCGUUGAUAUUGAUGAGUGUCAAAUAGAAGGUUCCUGUGGGGUUGGAGCUGAUUGUAUCAAUAAAGAUGGUUCCUAUGUAUGUGAAUGUCCUGAAGGAUAUAUACCUGAUCCAGACCCAAGACAACGAUGUGCUGAAAUCCUUGCAUGUAAAAACGAUAAUGAAUGUCCAGGAAACGCUUUGUGUGAUUCCAAUUCCAGAUGUUUGUGCCCAGAUCCCAACAUAGGCAACGAUUGUAGACAUCCUUGUGAAAAUUUGCAAUGUGGAAGUAAUUCUGAAUGUCUCUUACAUGACCAAAUAGCACAAUGCACUUGUCGUAGCGGUUUUACUGGUGAUCCAUUAUCUCCUAGUGGGUGUCAAGAUAUUAACGAAUGUGAUGAAAAUCCUUGUGCUAAUGGAGCUGUAUGUAAAAACUUACCUGGACGUUUCCAGUGUGAAUGUCCUGGAAGUUUCAGCGGUGACCCAUACGUUGAUGGUUGUAUAGCUGGAAAGAAUCCUACUGAAUGUAGUAACACCAACCCCUGUCCCCAAGGCGAACAAUGUAUUUUACACGAAGGUGAACACGUUUGUAUUUGUUCUCAAGGAUUUUCUCGUAGCAUAGAAACUGGAUUGUGUGAAGAUGUAAACGAAUGCACACAUCAUGGACGUUCUCCGUGCGGACUAAAUGCAAUUUGUAAGAACUUACCCGGUAGUUAUGAAUGCAAAUGUCCAGCCGAGUAUAGUGGGAAUCCAUACCAUCUCUGUGAAGUUUGUGACGAUAUAAAUUGCCAAUGUCAACCUCCAUAUAAAGUAGUAAAUGGAAAUUGUGUACUAUCUGGUUGUUCUAAGGAUAAUACAUGUGGUAAAGGAGCCGAAUGCAUAAUUAUUUCGGAUGGAGUUAGUUAUUGCGCUUGCCCAGCUGGUUUUUCACAGACUGCCGACGGUGCUUGCGAAGAUAUAGAUGAAUGUACAUCAGGUCAACAUGUAUGUGGAUUUGGAGCAGAAUGUGUGAAUACCUUAGGCUCUUUCACAUGUAAGUGUCCCUCUGGUUAUAGUAAAGACUCAAUAUCUGGACAAUGCGCACUGAACCAGAAGAGGUGUAUUAGUGACUCAGAUUGCUUUCCCAACGAAAAAUGUAUUCAACCUGGAAAUUGUGUGUGCCCACCACCAUUCUAUCUAGAUGUAACAGAUGGCCAGAAGUGUAAAAGCCCAUGUGAAAGAUUUACUUGUGGGAUUAACGCAAAAUGUACUCCAAGCGAUCCUCCGCGUUGCAUGUGUAUGUCAGGAUAUGAAGGAGACCCCUAUACUGGCUGCACUAAUAGGAAUGAGUGUCAUAGUGCUCCUUGUGCUUAUGGAGCAAUUUGCCACGAUAGGAAAGGAGGUUAUCAGUGUGAAUGUCCCCAAAAUAUGGUCGGAGACCCAUACAAAGGCGGAUGUACUGUAGAAGAUGGUCCAACACAAAAACAACUAUGUAGUUCAGAUGACCAGUGUCCUAACACCCUUGCGUGUUUAAAUCAUACGUGUGUUUCGCCCUGUAGCAGUGUAUUAUGUGGACCUAAUGCUUUCUGUGAAGUAGAUAAUCAUGCUGCUUGGUGUCGUUGCAAUCCUGGUUAUACCAAGCCCGAAGGAGGAAAAUGCAUAUCAGGGUGCGAUACAUACUCAUGUGCUAUCGGUGCACAAUGUAUAAUAUCAAAGGCUGGCCCGACAUGUGUAUGUCCCGAAGGAACGGUUGGCAAUCCAUUCCCUGGCGGCGCAUGUAGAAGAGACGUGUGUGGGCCGGGAGUGCCAUGCGAGGAGCCGUUAACGUGUGUGGCCGGGCGCUGCAGACAAAGAUGCGACGGAGUUGUGUGCGGCGUCGGGGCUUCAUGUAAUGAAGAUACUGGAAAAUGUGUUUGUAACGCAUUUUUUGUUGGAAACCCUGAUCUUUUGUGUAUGCCACCUAUAUCUCCUCCGGAUUGUGAACCAGGAUGUGGUGAAAAUGCACAUUGUGUUUACGGACAAACGAAUGCCUGCAAAUGUGAUAAAGGUUUUACAGGAAAUCCUUACAAGAAAUGUCUUCCAAGACGGCAAAUAACUUGCGCUAAAACUGCAUGUGGACUUAAUGCUGUAUGUCAACAAACAAGGUCACACGUGGAAUGUUUAUGUCCACCGGGAUAUGUGGGAAAUCCAAACAUACAGUGUAUUGACAUCGACGAAUGUGGCUCGAAACCUUGCGCAGAAAAUGCUAUUUGCAUAAACACUCCUGGAAGCUUUAGCUGUAUCUGUAAAAGUCGAUACGUCGGUAACCCAUACGAAUUGUGUUCACAAGUAUCAAUUUCAAAAUGUAUUGAAGGAAGCAUAUGCACAUGUUCUCAUAACGCUACGUGUCCAGAUGGAUAUAUUUGUGAAAAAUCGAAAUGUGUUGAUGUAUGCCGAAAAAUCAUGUGUGGUCCUAAAGCAAUAUGUGAAGAAGGAAGUUGCCAAUGCUUACCGGGUCAUACUGGUAAUCCUAAUGAUUUACAACGAGGAUGCGUUUCAGAUAAUAGGUGUAUGGUUGACGGAGAUUGUAAAGAUUCAGAAAUUUGUUUCCAAAUUGCGAAAAACGUUCGAAAAUGCGUAGACUCAUGUAGCAAGUUGCAGUGCGGACCAAAUUCUUUGUGUAUAGGAGCAAAUCAUCAAGCACAUUGUAUAUGUGCGGAAGGAUAUGUAGGAAAACCUACAGAUAUAAAAACGGGAUGUCAUCUGCAACAACGAGAGCCAAAUGAAGUAGAAUGUAACGAAAAUGAUGAUUGUACAGAACCACAAGUGUGUGUCCCAGUUGAUGGAUCUACAAAUAGGUGCUUAGAUUUAUGUUCUACUAUUGCAUGCAGUGCCAAUGAAUUAUGUAGAGUGGUAGAUAGAAAUGCUCGAUGUGAAUGUAAAGAUGGUUUCCUAUGGAAUCCGGUUAGCUCUACCUGUGAACAACCGUCUACUCCAGAUUGCGUAAAAGACGAUGAUUGCGAUGAUAACAAAUCUUGUCAAAAAGAUGUAUUGGGAGUCAAUAAAUGUGAAGACAAUUGUUUAUUAUAUACUUGCCCAGAGAACUCAAAAUGUGUCACUAUAAACCAUAAAAGCCAAUGUGUAUGCUUAACCGGAUUUGUUGGAAACCCAAACGAUCGCGAUGGCUGCCUGUUACUAAACAAAAAUCAAUGCACAGACGAUGCUCAAUGUAGGGAAAGUGAAGUAUGUAAAAAUAUUGGUAAUAUAAAGAAAUGUAUACCAGCAUGCCAACAACUCACUUGUGGUCCCAAUGCCGUCUGUGUCACAAAUAAUCAUGUCGCCAAAUGUCAAUGCCCCUCUGGACCAUUUACUGGAAAUCCCAACGAUCUGGAAAAAGGUUGUCAAUCGGUGCCUUGCAUUUACAAUGCUGAUUGUUCAUCGCACGAGCUUUGUAAUAGGAUGACACAUACUUGCAUGAGCGUUUGUACUGAAGACUCUUGUGGCGACAACGCUGUGUGUAUAGCUGAAAAUCAUAAAGCCAACUGUCAGUGCCCAAGCGGAUACAGAGCUGAUCCAUUACCGGAAGUAAACUGUAAAAAAAUGGAAGUAUGUAAUCCAAACCCUUGCCAUCCAACAGCCAUAUGUGAACCACGACUCUCAUCAUAUGUGUGUAAAUGCCCAUUUGGACUCAUCGGGGACCCAAAAACAAGUGGCUGCCGAAAACAAGACGAGUGUACUAAUGGUGAUGAAAAUUGUCCAUCAGAAGCAGUGUGUGUAAACGGACGUUGCGUCAACCCUUGCGAUGGAGCCUGCGGUAUAAAUUCACUGUGUAAAAUAGUUGAUAGAAAAGCCAUUUGUAUUUGUCCUGAUGGAUACGAAAGCAUACCUGGCGGAAAUGCAUGCAAGAAAAAGUUACUGGUAUGUAAUAGUGAACUUGACUGCGACGGAGACAUUUGUUCAAACGGCCAAUGUUUCACUGCUUGCAAAAACUCAAGUCAUUGUGACCCCGGCGACUUGUGUUCGAAAAAUCUGUGCGUAACACAAUGUAAUAAAAACACUCAAUGUGGAAUUGGACAAGCUUGCGUCGGAGGCCAAUGUUUGAUUGGAUGCAGAAGUAAUGAAGACUGUCCCAGUGACGAAGCUUGUAUCAAUAAUAAAUGCGCAAACCCCUGUUUAGCAACACGAGUAUGCGGUCCUAAUGCCAUAUGUUCAAGAAUUAAUCACAGCACAAAAUGCGAGUGCCCGCUUGGAUUCGAGGGGGCACCAACACCACAGCAAGGAUGCGUAAGGAAACCAAGUUCUUGCGUUCGAACCUCAGAAUGCCCACCUGAUCAUAUGUGCAUAGGAUUGUUAUGUCAAGUUCCUUGUCAAGAUAAUUCAGGUUGUGCUAUUGGAGAAAAAUGUAGUGACAAUAAGUGUCUUAAAAUCUGCCAUUCAAGUAGUAAUUGUUUACAUGGGGAGCAUUGCAGUUCCGGAGUAUGUAUAGCUGGAUGUAAAACAGAAUCCGAUUGCUUGAAUAAUCAAAUAUGUAAAUCGUCAGAAUGCCAGUGUUCACCCGGAUUUGAAAUGGUUGAAGAUGAAUGUAUCAAUAUUGAUGAAUGUGGUAACAGUCCAUGCCACCCAUCGGCACAGUGUGUAGAUAUUCCUGGAUCAUUUAAAUGUGUCUGUGCAACAGGUGCAGUUGGUGAUCCUUACAAAACAGGAUGUUUGUUACCAAAUCAAUGUAGAAAUGACAAUCAAUGUGAAGAAUCUCUUGCUUGUUUAAAAGGAAAAUGUUCAAACCCGUGUCAAAAUAAAGCAUGUGGGUUUAAUGCUUUAUGCUCAGUUGUUAAACAUAGAGUAACAUGCGAUUGUGAAAAAGGCUAUUUGGGAAAUCCAUUCGAUAAGAAUAUUGGAUGUUUCAAAGUAGAAUGUGUAGAGGAUUCCGACUGUUCUGAUGAUAAAUUUUGUAAUGCAAAAAAUAAUAAAUGUUCAGACAAAUGUGACGAAUUUUUAUGUCAAGGUGGCACAUGCAAAAUAGAAGAACACAAAGCCUUAUGCAGUUGUCCAUUUGGAUAUGAAUUGAUUAAUAAUGUAUGUGAAGAUGUCAACGAAUGCUUGAAUAACCCAUGUCCUUUGAAUUCAAAGUGUCAAAAUAGUCCAGGUUCAUUUUCUUGUAAUUGUGUCAAUGGCACAAUACUCGACGCGACUAGCGGCAAUUGUCGAAUUCCUGGUGAUUGCUUUUCGGAUGAUGAUUGUUCGGAAAAAACAAAAUGCUUUAAUAACCAUUGCAUCAAUCCAUGUGAAAAACUUUCACCUUGUGGUGAAAACGCUGAAUGUAUUGUAUCUAAACAUGAACCAACUUGCGAAUGUCCACCAGACAGUCAAGGCGAUCCGUACAAAAAAUGUAUUAAGUUCCAAUGCACCAAAGAUUCUGAUUGCUCGUUACAAGAAGCCUGCGUCAAUUAUAAAUGCAAAAAUUCAUGCAGCAUACCACGAGCUUGUGGAAAAAACGCCAAUUGCGAAUCAAGAAACCACAUAGGGCAUUGUUCCUGUUCUCCCGGUUACACUGGAGACCCAGUAUUAGGAUGUGUUCCAGUUCAAAUCUGCACAGAUGAUAGCAGAUGUUCUUCGGGAACCCGGUGUAUAGAUAACUUGUGUGUUGGUUUGUGUAAGAAUUCACGUGAUUGUAUAAACGACCAAGUAUGCAUACAAGGAACUUGUCGCAGUACAUGUGAAUCCAAUAGCACGUGUCCCGAUUUCCAAUUUUGUUUAAACAGAAUCUGUAGCAAAGAAAUGCACUGUACGUCGAAUAAUGAUUGUUCCGAUGAUGAAAUGUGCUCUAUGGGUAGAAACGGUAUACCACAAUGUGUACGCGUGUGCGAAAAACAUCCAUGCGGAAGGCAAGCUACUUGUGCUGGUCAAAACCACCAAGCUGUAUGUUCAUGUCGACAAGGAUUCUUUGGAGAUCCCCUUCAAGGUUGUAAAAGAAAGCAAUGUGACUCAGACACGGAUUGUUCAGAUGACAAAUUAUGUGAUAAUAACAUGUGCAAAAUUGCAUGUUUAGUUGGAAACGAUUGUAGUGAUAAUUCGAUUUGUUCAUCAGAGAAACAUAAACAUGUUUGUUAUUGUCAGCCUGGUUAUACGGGUAAUCCUUUGAAGGGAUGUACUCCAAUAAAUUGGUGUACUUCAAAUCCAUGUGGCAACGGUGCCGAAUGUAAAAACACGCGAGAUCGAGCCCAAUGUAUUUGCCCGGACGGAGCUGUUGGCGACCCGUAUGGGGAAGGGUGUCGCAAGUCACAGGAAUGUCGUCUAAACAGAGACUGUCCAGCGGUUGCCCGCUGUACCCUAGUAGAUGGCAUUAGAAAGUGCACAGACGCAUGUGAAAAUGUUAAAUGUGAGCUUAAUGCAGAAUGUGUUGCAUUACGACAUGCAGGACAAUGUAAAUGCAAAACUGGUUACGUAGGAAACGCUGUAGGAGAGAACGGUUGUCGUCUUCGUGAAAUUUCUUGUUCUGGUAAAACUGACUGUCCAAAUGAUUACUACUGUCACAAAGGAACAUGUAAAGGUUUAUGUCUCAUGGAUGAGGAGUGCAGCUCAACUGAAAAGUGUUUCAAUGGCCAAUGUGUUGAACCCUGUCAAGCUGAAAAGGCCUGUGGGUUGAAUGCUUUGUGUCGUACGGAAAAUCAUGUUUUACAAUGUAGUUGUCCAUAUGGUUUCACGGGCAAUCAAGACGUAGAAUGUGUAAGAAUGCCAAGACUAUGUGGCGGUGCCGGUGAAUGUGAAACCGGCUACACUUGUCAAGACUCCAUGUGUUUGCCAAAUUGUAACAUCGACGAAGAGUGCGCUAUGAAUGAGAGGUGUUCUAAAGGAGUGUGCCUAUUAACUUGUCGCGUGGAUAAUGAUUGCUUCCUGGGACAUAUCUGUUUAGAAAACAGUUGUCAGUAUGGAUGUAGACAUAAUGAGGACUGCGGCCCAGAAGAAUUUUGUAACAACAAUUUCUGUCAAAACCCUUGUUCUACUGAUGUUAAUCCAUGCGGGCCGAAUGCACUGUGUACGGUAUCUGAUAGGAAAGCAACGUGCUCUUGUUUAGAAGAUUUAAUACCAAACCCCACACCCAACAUCGGAUGUGUAAGAGCACCAUCUCCAACGUGCCGUAAGCAUACAGAUUGUGCAAAUGGUUGGAGAUGUGAAGAUGAUCGCUGUAGACCUGCAUGUAACGCAGAUAGCUCAGAGUGCUUGCAGGGCGAACGAUGUGAUUCAGGUGUUUGUCGUUACGCUUGCGCCUCUGACGAACACUGUUCGGAUGACGAAGUUUGCGAUGGAAGACUAUGUAUUACGGGAUGUAGAUCUAAUUCUCACUGUGCCAGUAACUUGGCGUGUAUAUCAGGCCAGUGUGUCGAUCCUUGUAUUAAACCAGCUGCAUGUGGUGCGAAUGCUCUUUGUGGAACGAAAGAUCAUCAACCCGUAUGUUCAUGUCCCAAAUCAUUAGUUGGAGAUCCAAAAUCAGUCUGUCGACGGGUACCCACAUCAUGCGAUUCGAACAAAAACUGUCCUGAUGGAUUUAGUUGUUAUGGCGAUACUUGUCACCCGUCUUGCAGAAGUGAUGUUGUUUGUUUAUCCAAUGAAAAGUGCAUUCGAGGAAUAUGCAGAGUAGUUUGCAACAGUGAUGAUGCCUGUAGUGAGGGUCACAUUUGCGAAAAUAGAAUUUGCAAACAAGGAUGUCGUGAUGAUAACGCCUGUGAUACUAACCAAGCUUGCAUUAAUGGUCAAUGCAAAGAUCCAUGUAAAGACGGCGGUGCUUGCGGCAUUUGUUCAGACUGUCAAGUACUUAACCACAGAGCCCAGUGUAGUUGUUCAAGCAAUUACACCGGGAAUCCACUUGUAGAAUGCAAGAGAAAAACAUUAGCAUGUGACGGAUUUUGCCCUUGUGAUGAUAGCGGGUACUGUGUUUCACUAUGUGAAGAGAAUAGAGACUGUUCUUGUGGUGAAAAAUGCUACAAUGGUGGCUGUAGGUUACUCUGCUCCCCCAGAAAUAAAUGCCCGCAAAGACAAUUAUGUAUAAGGGGUGUUUGUGUACCUGGAUGCAGUAGCGAUAGGGAUUGUGGAGAAGAUAUGUUAUGUUCUUCAAAACUUUGCGUAGAUGCUUGCCGAGAAAAUUCUUGUGGCAAAAACGCAAUUUGUUUAGCAACGAGACACCGAGCAGUUUGCAGUUGUCCCAGUGGAUUUUCGGGUGAUCCCAUAAAAGAAUGCAAAUCUUAUGAAUGUCUUAAAAACGAAGACUGCGGAGCAGAAGAAGAGUGCCAUGAUGAUGGAAAAUGUAAAAAUGUUUGUUCUGGAGCUUGUGGUAUUAACGCAAUUUGCCGCCCGGUAAAUCGUAAUCCACAAUGCUCUUGUCCUCCAAAUUACAUCGGAAAUCCAAAAAUCGAAUGUUCGAAGCCUCCAGCUGGCAGUUGUUUACGAAAUCCUUGUGGUAUAAAUUCACGUUGCCGUGAUUUAGAAGAUGGUAGUUACGAAUGCACAUGUCCUCCCGGAUGUGCUGGCAAUCCCCAGAGGCAAUGUUUCUGUGGCACCAUGGAGCCCUGUGCUUAUAAGACAUGUGGCACAAAUGCACAAUGCCGUAUCGGACAAAACGGAGAAGUACAGUGCUAUUGCCCACGCAAUUAUCCUAACGGCGACCCUAAUAUAGAAUGUGCCCUAGAACGUAGCGUGGUAGAUUGUCGUACUACCGGGUGUGGUAUAAAUGGAGAAUGUUUAAGGGAAGGUGGAGAAUUUGUGUGCCGUUGCAUACCUGGUACUGAAGGACAAGCUGAUAUCGAGUGUCACACCAGUGUUGAAUGCACGAGCGACAAGCAUUGCCCGGUAGACCGCGCGUGCCUCAGCUUGCACUGCGUAGACCCGUGCACGGUGCGCGGUGCGUGUGGCGAAGACGCGCUCUGCGCGCCUUUGAUGCACCGCGCUCAGUGCUCGUGUCCGCAGUGCUACGUGGGGCAGCCGCGCGUGGCCUGCCGCCUGGACCCUACUUGCAAACCCACGGCAGACCUAAACUCCACUUUCACAUGUUCGAAAACAAAAGAGUGUCCAUCAAAACUGGCAUGCGACCUAGACAGUAAUCAGUGCCGUAAUCCGUGCCUGGGCUAUCAAAAUUGUAGAAGAAACCAAAAGUGCGAAGUUAGAAACCACAAACCUAUAUGCGUGUGUAAAAAUGGCUUUGCAUUAAAUGAAAAGGGAGAAUUGACAUGUGCACCGGAACACGCGGAAUGUACACGGGACGAACAGUGCCCAUCCAACGCAGCAUGUCGUAAUUCCAAGUGUGUGAAUCCGUGUUUGGCAUCAAGAGAGCCCGUUUGUCCUGAAGGAAAGCAGUGUGAAGUACAGGAACAUCGCGUUGUUUGUAUAUGCGUAGAAGAUUGCCAUCCGACACUGUCUAUAUGCCUAAGAGAUAAAGGCUGCCCCAACAAUCUAGCGUGUAUAGACUUCGAAUGUAAAGACCCUUGUAAAGACGCUUGUGGUGGUGCUCCAUGUACAGUAGAAGACCACCACCCAGUAUGCAAGUUUUGUCCUAAUGGUUUCACACACGAUGAAAAACGAGGCUGUAUUAAAGCACUAUCGUGCGAGGCUCACGAUCACUGCGGGGAAGGCUUGGCGUGCAUCGACAGCCAGUGCCGAAACCCGUGCGCACGCGGCGGCCCCUGCGCUCCAGGACAUCACUGUGACGUCGUCAACCACCAACCUGUAUGCUCUAAAGUGUGCCAAUGUCAGACAUCGUCGGACUGCGCAAGAUAUCCUAACACCUUCUGCGACGGCUGCGCUUGCGUUAAAGGAGAUCAACCAACAACCAACUGUGCUCAUUGUCGCCCUGGUGUGCCCUGUGAUCCGUUUUCUGGUGCCUGCAUGGAAAAAUCACCUGGGACACCUAAAGCACCAGAACCUUGUCAAUCUGAUCGGGACUGUAUAGAGAGUGAAGCCUGUUUUAUGGGAAUAUGUCAAAACCCUUGUGAAUUUAACAUGUGUGGUACUGGAGCCAACUGUCAGCCAGUACUGCAAAGGCCUAUGUGCUCAUGUCCCGCUGGAUAUGAUGGAGAUCCGGCUGUUAAAUGUUCUCCUAAAAAAAUUGGUUGCACUCGAAAUGAAGAUUGUCAAUUGACUGAAGCUUGUAUAAAUAAUGCAUGUCAGCACCCAUGUGCUAUACACAAUCCCUGCGCACAAAACGCUGUCUGUAUAAACACAAAUCAUGGCUCGGAUUGUAGCUGCGUUGAAGGAUACCAAGGGAACGGGUACGUCGGCUGCGUGCCAGUUAAUGAUAAUAAGUCAGUAUGUCAAUAUAAUGAAGACUGUCCACCUGAGUUGUUGUGCGAUAGACUGAACAGAGUAUGUAUAAACCCAUGCACAAUGAACAAAUGCGGAGACAACGCAGAGUGUAUUCCUGCUAAACAUGGAAUUGAAUGCAAAUGCUACGCUGGAUAUACUGGAAAUCCGUUCCUAGAAUGCUAUCAAGUCCAAGGUUGCAGAACUGACAAUGAAUGUGCAAAUUCGGAGGCUUGUAUAAAUGGUAAAUGCGGCUCUCCAUGCCGUUGUGGCGCAAAUGCAAUUUGUGACGUAUUGAAUCAUCGCGCUACAUGCAAAUGCCUCCCAGGCUAUAACGGAAAUCCAACACUUGGUUGUGAACCACCGAGAAACCCUUGUAUCCCAAACCCAUGUGGAAUUAAUGCUUUGUGUGAAAGUGAUAGUGGGAAUCCGAUUUGCUAUUGUCCUAAAGGACUAACAGGAAAUCCCUUUAAAAACUGCAUUCCAGAAGGAAAUGAAUGUGAACCAAACCCGUGCGGACCCUACUCUGGAUGUCGAUUAAUAGAUAACCGCCCGGCGUGUUUCUGUUUGCCAAAUUACGAAGGGAAUCCACCUGCAGAGCCAUGUAGACUUCCAAGCAACCCAUGUAACCCAUCUCCGUGUGGCCCUAACACUCAAUGCACUGUAUUAUCGAAUGGAUUUGCUAAAUGUACUUGUUUAGAUGGAUACAUAGAGAGUCCCAACACAGUUCGAGGUUGUAUUGAAGCACGAAACCCUUGUGAGCCAAAUACUUGUGGUAUCGGAGCACGUUGUGAUCCCAACAGAACUCCCGCUUGUUAUUGUCCAGAUAGUACAGUGGGUAAUCCUUAUAAAUCAUGUAACAAAGGUUAUCUUCCUCCUGCCAUUCUAUGCCAACCAGGGCCUUGUGGACCUAACGCAGAUUGUUAUGUGAGCAGUAACACAGAAAUGUGUUUCUGUAAAACUAAUUUUAUUGGGAAUCCAUAUACAGGCUGCCAACCAAGAAGUAGUCCUUGCACUCCAAAUCCUUGUGGUCCUCAAGCCAUUUGUGAUACCAACUAUAAUGGACAAGCAGUAUGCACAUGCGUUGAAGGUAGCUCAGGUGAUCCAUAUGGUGUAAACGGGUGUCAUUCAAGGGAAUGUGAAGUAGACACUGACUGCAGUAAAAAUAAGGCUUGCAUUGGAUAUACCUGCCGUGAUCCAUGCCCAGGAGUAUGUGGUUUAAAUGCUAAAUGUCAUGUAGAAUUACAUCGUCCUGUUUGCACUUGUGAAGAUGGACUUAUAGGCAAUCCUUUUAUUUGCUGCUUACCGCCGGAAGAUCAAAAAUCAAUAAGACCAUGUAAUAAAGUAGAGUGUGGAAUUAAUGCAAUGUGUCAAGAUGUAGGGGAUGAGGCAUUAUGUCAUUGUCCUCCUGAUUUCUUUGGAGAUCCAACAGUUGAAUGCAAACCACAAUGUUUGAUGAAUUCAGACUGCCCAUCUAACGAAGCUUGCGUAAAUAACAAAUGCCAAGAUCCAUGCACUUUGAACAAUAUUUGCGGAAUUAAUGCAGUUUGUUUGUGUUCAGACCACACUGUUUCGUGUUUAUGUCCUGAUGGAUACAUCGGAGAUCCGAUGACACAAUGUAUCUAUCGACCAAUACUAAUACCACCAGACAACACGACAAGUCAACCAUGUUCACCAAACCCAUGCGACCCAAAUGCACCGUGUGAUACCUACGGCAAUCAGUUUGCGAUUUGUGACGCUUGUGUUGGCCCUGACUCAGUGAAUAAUCCUGCAUGCAGACCAGAAUGCAUACUGAGUUCAGACUGUGCAUUCAAUAAAGCUUGUUUAAGAAACAGAUGUGUGGACCCCUGUCCAGGAUCUUGUGGUAUCGAUGCAGAGUGUAUGGUUUAUCAUCAUGAUCCCAUUUGCCGAUGCCCCAAAGGAUUCCAAGGAAAUCCCUACGAGCUUUGUAAACUAACAACAAAUCCUGUGGAACAAGAAAACUGUGACAAUGUCCGGUGUGGAGAUAAUGCCAUCUGCCAGGAAAUAAAUGGUGCACUAACAUGCACAUGUUUACCAAAUUUCUUCGGAAACCCAUAUUUGUCUUGUCGUCCUGAGUGCGUUGUAAAUAGCGAUUGUUCUCCUGAUUUAGCAUGUUUAAAUAACAAAUGCGAAGACCCCUGCCAUAAUGUAUGUGGCUUGGGAGCAUUAUGUAAAACAGUCAAUCAUCACGCAGUUUGUUAUUGUGAACCGGGAUUCACAGGAGAUCCUUACAUUAGAUGUCAAAGUACACCAAUUACUCCACCUGUUUUAUCAACUUGUGAUCCAUCGCCAUGUGGUCCGUACAGUCGCUGUCUUAUAUCACCUUCUGGAUUUGCAGUCUGUUCAUGCUUACCAGGACACCGAGGAGUUGCGCCCAUGUGUCAACCUGAAUGCGUGAGCAAUUCCGACUGUCAACAAACGGAAAUAUGUGUCAAUCAAAGAUGUUCAAAUCCAUGCCAAGGUAGUUGUGGUGUCAACGCAGAAUGUAUUACAAUAAAUCAUAAUCCCAUAUGUAGCUGUGGCGCCAAAAGAACCGGAGAUCCAUUCGUAGCGUGUACAGAAAUUACAGACGAGCCUGUUCAAAGAAAUCCAUGUGUACCAUCUCCAUGUGGACCAAAUUCAGUGUGUGAGGUCGUAUCUGACCGACCAGUCUGCUCAUGUCGACCCAAUUAUUCGGGAACGCCACCUUAUUGUAGACCAGAAUGUGUUAUAAGUCAAGAAUGUCCAUCUCACCAGGCUUGUAUCAACGAAAAAUGCGUAGACCCGUGCACAAAUGCAUGCGGAAACAAUGCAAAGUGUAACGUUGUUAACCACACACCAUUAUGUAGUUGCCUGGAAGGGUACAAAGGUGACGCAUUUGUUGGAUGUGUUGCAAUACCAAUAGUAGACAUUAAAACACCAUGUGAACCAUCGCCCUGCGGAGAAAACACAAUAUGUACUGUUGUAAAUGAUGUUGCACGCUGUUCAUGCAUACCACCAAAUAUUGGAAAUCCCUAUGCAGGUGGUUGUAGACCUGAAUGUUCUAUAAAUUCUGACUGUCCUAAUCAUCUGGCCUGUUUAUCAAAUCACUGUCGGGAUCCCUGCAAAGACCUAUGUGGUGUGAAUGCUGAAUGUACAGUUACCAAUCACGUUCCUGUUUGUACAUGCUUCAAGGGUUAUGAAGGAAAUCCGUUUUCGUCAUGUCGCGAAGAAUAUAAGCCUCCAUAUCCUCCAUUGAAUCCUUGUGAACCAUCGCCAUGUGGACCAAACAGCGAAUGUAACGUCGUUAGUGAUCGCCCUGUUUGCGUUUGCCAACCCGGAUUCUUAGGCGCGCCUCCCGCAUGCCGCCCGGAAUGUGCUGUGAAUUCAGAUUGUCCAGCGAACAAAGCUUGCAUCAAUCUCAAAUGCAAAGAUCCUUGUGUACAUAGCUGCGGUUUGGAUGCAAGAUGCCAUGUGGUCGGUCAUAAUCCAAUUUGCACCUGCCCUGAAAAUCUUCCUGAAGGCGAUCCUUUCAUCAGAUGUUUCCGAAAAAAUAUUUCGUAUCCAGCUCCUGACCCAUGUCUUCCAUCUCCCUGUGGACCGUAUUCUACAUGUCGCAACGUCAAUGGUAGAGCAACCUGCUCUUGUGAACCAGGCAUGCUUGGUGCCCCACCAACAUGUCGGCGACAAUGUGUCAUCAAUCAAGACUGCCCUCUAGCACUCGCCUGCCUCUCUGGUUCUUGUGUCAACCCCUGUGUUGGAUCCUGCGGUUUCAACGCUCGCUGUAUAGUGCAAAAUCACCAGCCAAUAUGCUCUUGCGACGACGGCUACUCCGGAGAUCCGUUCGCUGGUUGCAGUCGUACUGAGGUUCCAAAAGAUCUGCCACGUCAUCCUUGUAAUCCAUCACCAUGUGGACCUAACGCCAUAUGUCGUGAGAGAGAUGGUGCUGGUUCAUGUACUUGUAUAGAUGAGUUUUAUGGCGACCCGUACUUAGGUUGCCGCCCAGAAUGUGUCAUGAACACUGAUUGCGCUAUGGAUAGAUCUUGUUUCAAUAACAAAUGUGUGGAUCCUUGUUCUGGCGCUUGUGGACAGAAUGCUGAAUGUAGAGUCACAAACCACGCACCAUCAUGUUCUUGCUUGCCUGGAUAUAAUGGAAAUCCUCUUCAUGCAUGUACUCCUGUUCCGAUUCUUCAAGAACCUGUGAAUCCAUGUCAACCUUCGCCUUGCGGACCGUACAGCAAAUGUCGUAUCUUUAAUGGGCAUGCUGUAUGUACGUGUUUGGAUAUAUGUGUCGGUUCUCCACCAAAUUGUCGACCGGAAUGUAUAGUUAGUUCUGAUUGUCGAUCUGACAAAGCGUGUAUUAAUCAAAAAUGUCAAGACCCAUGUGCCGGAAUGUGUGGUAUCGACGCUCAAUGUCAAGUUGUAAACCAUAACCCAAUCUGCAGUUGUUUGAACGGAUAUACCGGUGAUCCAUUUGUUAAAUGCUUCAUCGACAGACCGAUGAUCCCUAUAAAUAGUUGCAUUCCCAGUCCAUGUGGUCCUAAUUCUCAAUGCAAUGAAGUAAACGGUGUACCAGUUUGUUCAUGUCUACGCAACUACGUGGGUCGCCCUCCUAAUUGUAGACCGGAAUGCGUCAUAGAUGUCGAAUGUCCAGGAAAUUUAGCUUGUAUAUCAGAAAUAUGUAGCGACCCUUGUCCUGGUUCAUGCGGAUUUCAUGCAACUUGUACUGUUGUGAAGCACGUACCAAUUUGUACGUGUGAUCAUGGAUAUACUGGAGAUCCCUUCUCUGGCUGCUCAGUCGUGCCACCAAUUGAACCUCAAGUAGUCAGUCCAUGUUCGUUAUCUCCUUGUGGAGCGAAUGCAGUAUGCAAAGAAAGACACGGCAUUGGGUCAUGUUCAUGUUUGCCUGAUUAUUAUGGCGAUCCUUAUAUUGAAUGCCGACCUGAAUGCGUAUUAAAUUCAGAUUGUCCCAAAGACAAAGCUUGCGUUAAUAACAAAUGUAAAGAUCCAUGCCCAGGAGUCUGUGGCAUGUAUGCAGAAUGUCGCGUCAAUAAUCAUGCUCCAUCGUGCGCAUGUUUACCUGGAUAUGAAGGAAAUCCGUUCACAUCUUGUUACAUAAGGAACAACGAUAUUCCGACUGACCCGUGUUCUCCUUCGCCAUGCGGCCCCUACAGUAUAUGUCGCGUAAGCGAUUCACAUGCGAUAUGCUCAUGCCAAGAGCAAUAUUUCGGAUCACCACCAUUUUGCCGUCCAGAAUGUAUGGUCAGCAGUGAAUGUAUGCCAAAUAAAGCGUGUAUUAAUCAAAAAUGCGUAGACCCAUGCAUUGGAGCAUGUGGCAAUAAUGCCAAAUGCACUGUAGUAAAUCACAAUGCUUUAUGCAGUUGCCCGCAAAAUUACAUUGGAGAUCCGUUUGUGCAAUGCACUUUUGAAAAACGACCGGAACCUAGACCUUCUGCCAACCCAUGUGUUCCUUCACCUUGUGGACCAAAUUCGCAAUGUCGCAUAGUAGGAGAAACGCCUGCUUGUUCAUGCCAGCCAGGGUAUAUUGGCAGAGCACCUAAUUGCCGCCCAGAAUGUAUAUAUGACGAAGAAUGUCCAAGCAAUCUUGCAUGUAUACGUGAAAAAUGUGUAAGCCCAUGCGAAGGAUCUUGUGGAUCAAAUGCUGAAUGUGUCGUCAUUAAUCAUAAAGCUGUUUGUCACUGCCGGGAGAGCUAUACUGGUGAUCCAUUUAGUGGUUGUCGUUUUAUUGUGACUAUACCCAAUGACGAAGAUACAAAUCCAUGUAAUCCAUCUCCAUGCGGCCCUAAUUCACUUUGCACAGAAAGAAAUAACGCUGGUGCUUGUACAUGCCAGCCAGGAUAUUUUGGAGAUCCCUACCUUGGCUGCCGCCCUGAAUGCGUAACAAAUAACGAUUGUCCACUAGAUAAAUCGUGUUCAAAUAACAAGUGUAUUAAUCCAUGUCAAGGAGCAUGUGGAAUUAAUGCUCAGUGUACGGUAGCCCAUCAUACACCAGUUUGUUUGUGUAUUGAAGGUUACGAAGGAAAUCCUGCUAGCUCAUGUCAUCCACAGCGACAGCCGUCUCUAGCAGAUGUUAAUCCAUGCGUGCCAUCACCUUGCGGACCUUAUAGUACAUGCAAAGAAAUAAACGGGCAUGGCGUAUGUUCAUGUCAAGACGGUUAUAGUGGAUUGCCACCUACUUGUAGGCCAGAGUGCGUAAUCAGCACAGAUUGUCCACAACAUCAAGCAUGUAUACGACAGAAAUGUAAAGAUCCAUGUCCUGGAACGUGUGGAGUCAAUGCUAGGUGUCAAACCAUUAACCAUAAUCCGAUAUGCACCUGUAAAGCUGGCUUCACAGGCGAUCCAUUCGUUACAUGUCAUUUAGACAAAAAACCUAUCUCUAUGGGGCCUAAAGGAAAUCCAUGUGUACCUUCACCGUGCGGUCCUUAUUCACAAUGUAAAGUAGUUGGAGAAGCGCCUGCAUGUUCAUGCUUACCAAAUUAUAUAGGUGUUGCACCAAACUGUAGACCAGAAUGUUCUAUCAAUGCAGAGUGUCCUGGUAAUCUUGCAUGCCAAAAUGAAAGAUGUGUAGAUCCAUGUCCGGGUUCUUGUGGUUUCAAUGCUGAAUGUUCUGUAGCAACUCAUGUAGCGUUAUGUAAUUGUAUACCAGGGUAUACAGGUGAUCCAUUUAGCGGAUGCUCAGAAAUAGAACGUGUGUCAGAACCGCCACCAAAUCCUUGCAAUCCAUCACCAUGUGGGGCAAAUGCAUUAUGUAAAGAAAGAAAUGGGAUUGGUUCUUGUACAUGCUUACCAGAAUAUUUCGGAGACCCAUACACGGGAUGUCGACCUGAAUGUGUAUCAAAUUCGGAUUGUGAUCGUAAUAAGGCAUGUUCAAACAAUAGAUGUAAAGAUCCAUGCCCAGGAGCUUGUGGCAUUAAUGCUGAAUGUAGAACUGUUAAUCAUUCACCUAUUUGUACGUGCCUUACUGGUUACAGUGGUAAUCCGCUCGUAAGAUGUGAAGUAGAAAUUAAAGUUGUAAACAUUGAUCCCUGUCAGCCUUCACCUUGCGGACCAAACAGUCUCUGUCGAGUGGUAAAUGGGCAUAGCGUUUGUACUUGUGAUAAUGGAUAUAUUGGGACACCGCCAUCAUGUCGCCCUGAAUGCAUUGUCAGUUCAGAAUGUCCUCAAGACAAAGCCUGCGUUAACAAGAAAUGCAUUGAUCCUUGCCCGAACACUUGUGGCCUUAAUGCUCGUUGCCAAGUCAUAACGCAUAAUCCAAUUUGUAGUUGCACACCAGGAUAUACCGGUGAUCCGUUUACAAGAUGUGAUUUGGAAGGAAAAAUUACCAAUACUACCUGUUCGCCAUCGCCUUGUGGGCCAAAUUCAGAAUGUCGAGUUAUUGGAGAUCAGGCUGCUUGUUCAUGUUUACCUAAUUACAUAGGAAGGGUUCCAAAUUGUAGACCAGAAUGUACUAUAGAUGCUGAAUGUCCUAGCAAUACAGCAUGUAUAAAUGAGAGAUGUAAAAACCCAUGUCAAGGAGCUUGCGGAGUGAAUGCUAUAUGUUUGACAGUUUAUCAUAAACCAGUUUGUAGUUGUCAGGAUAGGUAUACUGGAGAUGCUUACACAAAUUGCAUUGAAAUUGUUAUGCCAGAAUCGGCAGUGACACCAUCAUCUAGUCCAUGUUCUCCAUCCCCUUGUGGACCAAAUGCUGAAUGCCGUGAGCAUAAUGGAGCUGGUGCGUGUGUUUGCUCCGAAGGAUAUGAAGGGGACCCUUACAGUCCUCAAGGUUGCCGUAGGGAAUGUGAAAACAACGAUGAAUGCUCGCCAAACCUAGCAUGUAUAAGAUUUAAAUGUAUUGAUCCAUGCCCAAGAACGUGUGGUCAAAUGGCGCAAUGCAUUGUUGAAAAUCAUGUUCCUAUUUGCACUUGUCCAAGAGGGUAUUCAGGAGAUCCAUUCUUUGAAUGCAAGCGAAUAGUUUUACCACCUGCUCCUCCACAAUCACCAUGCGAACCUACUCCUUGUGGACCAAAUAGUGUAUGCCAACAAAUAAAUAUGCAAGCAGUUUGUUCCUGCCUUCCUAACUACGUAGGAUUACCGCCUUCAUGUAGACCGGAAUGUGUGGUCAAUAGUGAAUGCGACACUUCAAAAGCUUGCAUAAAUCAAAGGUGUGACGAUCCUUGCCCCAAUACUUGUGGAUUACGAGCUCACUGUUUAGUGAGAAACCAUAACCCAAUAUGUACAUGUCCUGGAGGCAUGACAGGAGAUCCAUUCACUCAAUGCUAUCCGAUUGAACCAAUCACAGAACGUCCACCAUCUUGCACACCAUCACCAUGUGGACCUAAUUCCCGAUGUCAAUUAUUAGCUACCGGUCCAGCUUGUUCGUGUUUACCAGGCUAUACAGGAUCACCGCCUGCUUGUAGACCUGAAUGUACUAUCAAUUCAGAAUGUCCCGCAUCAUUAGCGUGUCUUCGCCAGAAAUGUGAAGAUCCAUGUCCAGGAUCAUGCGGUAUUGAUGCCAACUGCCAUGUUCUCAAUCAUGUAGCAGUAUGUGUUUGUAACGAGGGCUACACUGGUGAUCCUUUCACUAGAUGCUUAGCUAUAACUGAAGAUCCGACGACUGCUAUUCCAUCAGAUCCAUGUAAUCCAUCACCUUGUGGUCCGAACGCCCAAUGUGAUAAUGGUUUAUGUACUUGCUUAUUAGACUACACCGGAAACCCAUAUGAAUCAUGCAGGCCUGAAUGUACAGGAAGUCAAGAAUGUCCAAGAGAUAAAGCUUGUUUUAGAAAUAAAUGCCGUGAUCCUUGUCCUGGAGUGUGUGGUCAAAAUACUAAAUGUGAUGUUAUAAACCACAUACCAACAUGUUCAUGCAUCGCAGGCUUUACAGGCAAUCCGUUUAUACAUUGUCAACCUAUAGAAGAUAAACCAGCUCCAAGAAACCCUUGUAAUCCAUCAAUUUGUGGACCAAAUAGUUUAUGCAGACUGACAUCAAAUAAUACAGCAGCCUGUGCUUGCAUUGAAGGCUUCCAGGGAUCUCCUCCAAUGUGUAAACCGGAAUGUGUUGUUAGUUCUGAAUGUCCAUCUACGAAAGCAUGUAUCAACCAAAAAUGCAUUAAUCCGUGUAUCAAUGCUUGUGGGGUCUCAGCAAGAUGUGAAGUGAUCAACCAUAGCCCAAUUUGCAGUUGUAAUCCAGGACAAACUGGAGAUCCAUUUAAGAACUGUUAUGAUGUUGUACAAACACCACCGGAACCAGUGGACAUAUGUAAUCCUUCGCCUUGUGGUCCAAACUCUCUUUGCAUCGAAAGAAACGGAAAACCGAAAUGUAGAUGUGUCGAUAAUUAUAUUGGUCAGCCACCAAAUUGCCGACCAGAGUGUGUAAUUAAUUCAGACUGUCCGUCUAAUCAAGCUUGUGUAAUGAGUAAAUGUAUAGAUCCAUGUCCUGGUUCAUGUGGCAUAAACGCUGAUUGUAUAGUUGUUAGUCACAUGGUCUCGUGUAUUUGUAGAGAAAAAUAUACAGGCAAUCCAUUCUUGCAGUGUAUACCACAUGAAGAAAUUGUAGCACAGCCAUGUGAUCCAUCACCUUGUGGCGCAAACGCAAUCUGUAAUCAAAGAGACGGUGCUGGUUCUUGCUCAUGUUUGGAGGGCUAUCAAGGUAAUCCUUACGAAGGCUGCCGCCCCGAGUGUGUAUUGAGUUCAGAUUGUUCUGCUGACAAAGCUUGUAUAAGAAACAAAUGUGCGAAUCCAUGUCCUGGAAUCUGUGGUGCAAAUGCUGAAUGCUCAGUAAUUAAUCACGUUCCUUCUUGCGCUUGUAUAACUGGUUAUUCUGGAAAUCCUUUCGAGCAAUGUAAGAUAAAUGAAGUAGUAGAACGCAGUAGACCCUGUCAACCAUCGCCUUGUGGUCCUAACAGUAUUUGCAGAGAAAAUGGAGGAUUAGCAUCUUGUGAAUGUCUUCCUGACUACAGAGGUGCUCCUCCAGAUUGUAGACCAGAAUGUACUGUUAGUAGCGAAUGCCCAUCAGAUCGCGCCUGCCAUAGAAUGAAAUGUGCUGAUCCUUGCCGAGGAACUUGUGGUAUUGGUGCUCACUGCCAGGUUAUCAAUCAUAGUCCACUGUGUAGCUGCCCAAUAGGUACCAGCGGUGAUCCAUUUACAAGGUGCUAUGAGUUGCCUGAUACGCCACCUCCAGUGCAAACACAGCCAUGCCAACCUAAUCCUUGCGGACCCUACAGCGAGUGUCGUCCGGUUAAUGGCAAUCCAUCAUGUUCGUGUAGCCCAGGAUACACAGGGAUUCCACCAAAUUGUCACCCUGAAUGUCUUGUAAAUACUGAUUGUCCAUCACAUCAAGCAUGUAUUGCAGAAAAAUGUACUAACCCAUGCGAAGGUUCAUGUGGAUUCAGAGCAGAAUGCCGCGUACAUAAUCACAUACCAUUAUGUAGUUGUCCUACCGGAUAUUCUGGAGAUCCAUUUAUACAGUGUAUGGAAAUAAUAGUUCCUCCACCAUCUUCUACUGACCCAUGUAAUCCAUCACCUUGUGGCAGCAAUGCCAAUUGUGAUGCAGGCGUUUGCACAUGUGCAACUGGAUACUUCGGUGAUCCAUAUGCGGGUUGUCGUCACGAAUGUUCAACUAAUGGGGAAUGUUCGCCAACGCGAGCGUGUCAAGGAGGACACUGCAUUGAUCCAUGUCCAGGGGCUUGCGGAACAGGCGCUCGGUGUACAGUUAACAACCACAUUCCAUCGUGUACCUGUCCAUCUGGUACCUCUGGAGAUCCGUUCUCCUACUGUACAGAAAUAGUCCCGCCUACUGAUGUUCCAGGACGAUCAGCAUGUUCGCCAUCACCGUGUGGUCCUUACAGCGAAUGUACAGUAAGCGCAAAUGGAGCUGCGGCUUGUUCUUGUCGCGCCGGACAUAUUGGCUCACCACCUUCAUGCCGCCCUGAAUGCCUUGUCAGUUCCGAAUGUAAACUGCAACAAGCCUGUAUUGACCGCCGAUGCCGCGACCCUUGUGAGGGGGCGUGCGGUCGCGGAGCCCAAUGUAAUGUUAUUGCCCAUUCACCAAUUUGUACUUGCAAUGAUGGAUAUACUGGGGAUCCAUUCACUUAUUGUUAUCCGGCACCAGCACUUCCUGAGCAGCCAGUUAAUCCAUGUGAGCCGUCGCCUUGUGGACCAAACUCUAUCUGUGUAAAAUCUGGAGAAACACCGGCAUGUAGCUGUCAGCCUGGAUAUAUUGGAAGCCCACCCAACUGCCGCCCUGAAUGUACUAUAAGCGCAGAAUGCCCAGCCGCCUUUGCUUGCGUCGCAUUACGGUGUAAAAACCCGUGCGAACAGGCCUGCGGCCCGAACGCAAUAUGUUCAGUCGUAGACCAUCGUGCGACUUGUGCAUGCGAACCAGGUCUAGAGGGUGAUCCAUUCCAGGGUUGUUCCCCGCCAAGAGCCAAACCACCAAAUGACCCGUGCUCUCCAUCACCAUGUGGGCCUGGCGCGAUUUGUCGCGUGAGAGGAAGCGGCGCUUCUUGUGAAUGUGAAACUGGCCUCCACGGGGACCCGUACACGGGAUGCCGUCCCGAGUGCCUGUCAGAUUCGGACUGCUCGCCAUCGCGCGCGUGCAUCCGCUCGCGGUGCCGCGAGCCUUGCCAAGGCACGUGCGGCGUGGGUGCCGACUGCGAGACCGUCAAUCACAUACCACUAUGCUCAUGCCCACCUGGAACAAGAGGAAAUGCAUUCGAAAUAUGUGAAAUCAUUAAAUCAGCACCACCGUGUACGCCAUCGCCGUGCGGCCCGGGCGCUCUCUGUACGGUGUCAGGCAACAACGCCGUGUGCUCGUGCCCCUCGGGCACCAGCGGCGACGCGGCGUCCGGAGGCUGCCGACCCGAGUGCGUGGUCAGCUCAGAGUGCGCACGCGACCGCGCCUGUGUCCGCAACAAGUGCGUGAACCCGUGCGAGGGAGCAUGCGGCCUGGCUGCCCUGUGCAGAGUCAUCGAUCAUGCACCGAUAUGCUCAUGUCCUUCACUGACAACCGGUGAUCCAUUUUUGGAAUGCAGACCUACUGAACCGAUCGAAAACGACCCGUGCGACCCUAACCCGUGCGGUCCACACGGCACAUGCCGAAACGGCUUCUGCACUUACCCAGAAUGCAUCGUCAAUGACGAUUGUCCUGGAGACCGAGCAUGCAUAAACAGGAAGUGUACGGACCCUUGCAUCAACGCUUGCGGUUUGAACGCAUUAUGUACGGUGGUUAGACACGCGGCGGUAUGUUCUUGCCCUGCUGGAUACACUGGCUCAGCCUUCGUUCGUUGCGAACGUAUCAUCAUUGAAACGCCACCACCGCCGAAACCUGAAUGCGUUGCUGACGAACAAUGCCCAGACAAUGCUGCGUGUGUGGACUCACGAUGCUCGCCGGUAUGCGGACCCACUAACUGUGGUAUAAACGCUCGCUGCUUGGCAAGACAACACAGAGCACGGUGCGCUUGUCUACCAGGAUAUGAAGGCGACGCUUACAGAGGAUGUUAUUCAGUUCAGUGUCAUAGCAACAACGACUGCCCUGAUGACGAAAGUUGUGAAAGCGGCUCGUGCAUCAAAGUUUGCACACGUAUACAAUGUGGAACAAACGCUCACUGCGUCGCUCGAGGACAUACUGCAUCUUGUGAAUGCGACUCUGGCGCUCGGGGCAACCCGUGGACCGGAUGCCAAAGAAGCGAGUGUGUGGUGGACGAUGACUGUGCCUCUUGGCUGGCCUGUAGAAGUGGCGUUUGUCAAGACCCAUGCCCUGGCGCAUGUGCCCAGGGCGCGCUUUGCACCGUCAACCGCCACGCACCUGUUUGCGAAUGCCCACGAAAUACUCAAGGAGACCCCAAGAUAUCUUGUCAACCAGUACUCGAGCGCGCCGAAUGUGAAAAAGAUGCGGACUGCGGCCCCGGCUUGGCGUGUCUGCAAGGAAACUGUAAAAACCCGUGCGAAACCACUUCGUGUGGAACACGCGCGGUGUGCAGAGUGGCGAACACCUUGCCAUUCCGCACUCUCGUGUGUGAGUGCCCUAGGCCUCUCACUGGCGACGCUUCAGUACAAUGUAACCCAAGAGGAGAGUGCAGCGUAGACAGCGAAUGUGGACUGGAGGAGCGCUGCUUGAAUGGCCGCUGUAUAGGCGUCUGCGAGGCGGGCGUGUGUGGAACCGGCGCAGAGUGCCGAGCCACCAACCACGUCGCCGAGUGCCGUUGCAUACCACCAUUGCAAGGAGACCCCAGAGUUGCUUGUUCUCCAGCGAGUCCAUCACCUGAAUGCACUACGGAUUCUGAGUGCGGUGCUGCUGAAGCUUGCGUGAACCGUCGCUGCGUGUCAGCCUGCGCCGGGGCAUGCGGCUCAGGCGCGCUCUGCACGCCGCUCGACCAUCGCGCUGCUUGCCGAUGCCCACCUGGAACGGCUGGUGAUCCCUCUCGACUUUGUUACACACCUGAGUGCACAACAGACGACAACUGUCCAUUUGACAAAACCUGCGUCAGAGGAUACUGCCAGGACCCAUGCGCCCUCGGUACACCAUGCGGCCGCGAUGCUGUUUGUGAAGCAGUCGCUCACGUCGCCUCUUGCCGCUGCCCACCUGGUACGCAGGGUGACCCACGCCGCGCCUGUAUAUCUGCCAUCUGCCACUACAACGAAGACUGCGAUGACACACAAACCUGUAACAGACUUAACCGCGUUUGCCAACCGGCUUGCACUGAUGACGCCUGCGCGCCCGGUGCUACAUGCACUGCAAGAGACCACAGGCCCGUCUGCACUUGCCGAUCCGGUCUAUCCGGCGACCCAUACCUUCAGGGUUGCGGAAAACAAGUUACAACCGAAUGCGUCACUGACUCUGAUUGCGCUUCUCCACUCGCAUGUGUUAACGCUCGCUGCACAGACCUUUGCCUAACAAAUCCAUGUGAUGUAGGCCUGAUUUGCAAGACUGUCGAUAUUCUACCUCUACGAGCAGUCGCAUGCGUUUGUCCGGACGGUGGUCGAGUAGCGCCUGACAGUGGAUGCCGUUCACCACCUGAAGCAGAAUGCUCCGCUGAUUUGGACUGUGCUCUUAGCCAGGUCUGUCGACGAGGAAGUUGCGUAGACGCGUGUAGAGUCAACCCUUGUGGACAAAACGCUCUUUGCGAAUCAGUCGACCACGCAGCGCACUGCACAUGUCCUCAAGGAUACUACGGCAACCCGAAAAUAGAAUGUAACGUGGAACCAAGACAACAAGUUCCAGAAUGCUACAGUGACGACGAAUGUAGCACAGAGCGCGCCUGUCGAGAUCGCCAGUGUGUCAACCCUUGCGCAAAUGCAUGUGGACCUGGAGCGUUAUGCAGAGUUAUCGAUCACAAACCACAGUGCUCUUGCCCCAGUGGUUACUCUGGGGUUGCAACUAGACAAUGUGUACCACCUGCAGAAGACAAAACUGUAGGUUGUAAAGCGAACUCCGAGUGUCCAUUGUCCCAGGCAUGUGUAAAUGGCGCAUGUGCGAACCCUUGCGCUUGCGGCACCAAUGCAGAGUGCUCAGUAAUACGACAUCAUCCGGUUUGUUAUUGCGCAAGUGGAUUCUCAGGCAACCCAUACAUCGGGUGUAGAAAGGUUGGCUGCUCGUCAGACUCCGAAUGCUCGGACAGCGAUACCUGUUACAAUGGUGCAUGUGUUAACCCAUGUGUAAUAGAUGCACCAUGUGCUAUUAGCGCAGAAUGCUAUGGAAAAUCACACCGAGCCAACUGUCGCUGCCCUGCUGGUACCAUAGGAGACCCAUACACCAGAUGUAAAACUUCCGAGUGCGAAAUUAACAGUGACUGUAACGACGACAGCGUCUGUAUUAACGGUGUUUGUCUUCAUGCCUGCUCAGCAGAAGGUCAAAGUCCAUGCUCAAACAACGCAGAAUGCUUCGCGAGAAAUCACGCAGCAUCAUGUAGAUGUCCAGCUGCGCUACCAUCUGGCGAUCCUUUAACUCAUUGUAUGAAGAUUCCGGUAAUUGGCGAACCAGAAUGUCGUGUAGACAGUGACUGUCCUAGUAAACACGCCUGUUUGAGAGACCAAUGUCGCGAGGCAUGCUCUGAACUGAAGCCCUGCAAUGGAAAUGCGCGUUGCUCAGUUUCGGAUAGUAUACCGUUCCGUACUUUGUUAUGUCGCUGUCCCGAAGGUUAUCUACCAGACGAAGCUGGGUCAUGCAAAUCUGCGCAACUGCCUGCUCCUAGUUGCUCUUCUGAUCAAGACUGUAGCGAUCAAGAAUCUUGUGUCAAUAGAAUUUGCCGAAACCCAUGUAAUUGUGGAGAAAAUGCAGAAUGUUUCAUUCGUGACCACCGCCCAGUGUGUUCUUGUAGAGAUGGAUUCGAUGGAGAUCCGUAUCGAGUUUGUCGAAUAGUAGGAUGCCGUACUGAUUCAGAAUGCGAAUCUAAUGAAGCUUGUGUCAAUGGGAACUGCAUCAGCCCAUGCUUAUUGAACAGCACGUGUGGAGCAAAUGCAGAUUGUCUUGUUGAAAGGAAUCGACCGUUGUGUCGCUGUCGAAAUGGAUUUGAGGGCGAUGCACGAGUGGGAUGUAACCCUAUUGAAUGUAGAACAAAUAGUGACUGUCCAUUAGAUAAACAGUGUCACGCUCAUAGGUGUAUUAAUCCUUGUCUGUCUGGUAACACAUGCGGUAGAAAUGCCAAGUGUCUUGUUCCAAACCACAUCGCAGUUUGUAAGUGUGACAUUGGAUACAUCGGAAGUCCCUAUGUAGAGUGUCGCCCAGAAACUAUCGCUGAAUGUUAUGUCGACGCAGACUGUCCACCAAAAUCUGCAUGCCUUUCUUCAAGAUGUGUUAACCCUUGUACGGCUCUUCAUCCAUGCUCUACACCCGCACGUUGUGAAGUUUCACCGACUUUACCCGUCAGGACUAUGAUCUGUACCUGCCCACCAGGAUAUGUCAGCAACGGUGGAGGCAUCUGUCGUCCAGCAACACCAAUAUCUGACGUCGUCUGUGAAAUUGAUACGGAUUGCACUUCAAAUCACGCCUGUAUAACAUCUAUCUGUAAAAACCCAUGUGAUUGUGGUCCGAACACUGACUGCCUAAUCAAAGAACAUAAGCCAGUAUGCGCUUGUAGACCAGGGUAUAUAGGUGACGCAAGAACAGGUUGCUACAAAGUUUUAUGCCGUUCGGACUCACAAUGCUCAGAUGACGAAUCCUGUAUCAACAACCGAUGUGUGCCAGCGUGCUCCGUUGAACCAGACGUUUGUGGAUCUUUAGCAGAAUGCUACGGGCUCGAACAUCGGGCUGCAUGUCGCUGUAAGAUUGGUACUACAGGUAACCCCACAAUAGGCUGCACACCUAUUGGCUGUCGUGCUGAUAGUGACUGUCCUUUGGAUAGAUCGUGCAUAAACACGAAAUGCGUAAACCCAUGCAAUACCACUAAUUGCCGCGAACCGGCUGAAUGCCGCGUUCAUCUUCAUGAGGCACAUUGCGUAUGUCCACCUGGUUACCGAAGUACUGAGACCAACUGCGAGAAGAUCGACUUACCACAAUGCGUAUCCGAUGUCGAAUGCCCGUCCGGUACCGUCUGCUUAAAUGCCGAAUGCGUUAACCCUUGCCAGACCACCAAACCAUGCGGUACCAACGCAGAAUGCACUGUCGUCGAUACGCUGCCGGUCCGAACCAUGAUUUGCGAAUGCAUACCUGGAUAUAGGGGUAACGCCCUAGUCGAAUGCACACCUAAUAUCACACCAUCGGCUGCCUGCGUGGAAGGUCAAGGCCUUAAUGCUCUUGGUGAAUGUGCUCCAUGCCGCGCGGACGAAGGACGAACAGUCGAUUCUCGUGGCCGAUGUGUUUGCGACACGGAGAACGGAUGGGCGGCGCGCGGCGGUGUCUGCGUGCGCGUUGUGUGUUCCGCAGACCGAGAAUGCGACGACCGCGAGCGCUGUAUCAACGGCGUCUGCAUCGACGCCUGCGAAGCGGAACCAUGCGGGCAGAAUGCCAUCUGCAACGCCUACGAUCACCGAUCACACUGCACCUGUACGAAAGGCUACACCGGCAACCCACGUGUUCUGUGCAAUGAAACCACAAUGCCGAACGUGACUUAUCGAACAGAUUUCCCUCUGCCAGAAAUGCAGGUUAACUGUUUGGCAAACGGCAUACGAGUAAGUCUCAAAAUAAAGGAAGGAUUUAAUGGACUGUUAUACGUAAAAGGCUAUAGCAAAGACGAACGCUGCGGACUGGUGGUAAACACACCUGUGAACCAAGAGAGCCCGGUGGACUUCACUGUUCACUUUGGCAACUGUGGCCUUGUGCACGUCAAUGGUUUAGCAAGCUUCGUCUUAGUGAUGCAAGAUCAUCUCAAACUAGUAACAUCGAAUGCUAAAGCCUUCCACAUAAAAUGUAUCUAUCAAACCGGCGAGAAGAACGUGACUCUGGCGUUUAAUGUGUCGAUGCUAACAACAGCAGGCACUAUUGCUAACACUGGACCACCACCUGUCUGCUCCAUGAGGAUCGUCACUCGAACCGGAGACGAAGUCAACUCUGCUACUGUCGGAGAGAACCUAACGUUACAAGUCGACGUUCAGCCAAGCAGUAUAUACGGUGGAUUUGCUAGAAGCUGCAUCGCGAAGACCAGUGAAGUGGCUACGAAUGUCGAGAAUGAAUACACUGUGACCGAUGCGGACGGGUGCGCCACCGACCCGUCCAUAUUCGGCGAGUGGGAGCACAAUGAUGAUGGAACUCUGAAAGUUCUGUUCAACGCUUUCAAGUUCCCAAGUAGCGAUAAUAUCAGAUUCCAGUGCAACAUUAGGAUAUGCUUUGGAAAAUGCCAACCGGUGAACUGUCGCGGCCGAGACGCGUACGGUAAACGAAGAAAACGAGAAACACGAUACUACAACGAAGGCCCUCUGUCGGGCGUCGAGGGCCAAAUGCGAGAGGAGGUGACGGUGGAGUCGAACCAGAUCUUGACAAUCGAGCGGCGCUCGGCGUCGCGCGCGGCCCGCCAGCGCGAGGGCGGCGCAGGCGCCGGAGGAAACAACGGCGGCGAGGUAUGCGUGUCCGCCGCCGGGCUGGCCGUGGCGCUCGCGCUCACGGCGCUGCUGGCCCUGGUGGCCGUGGCGGCAGCGGUGGCGUGCUGGCUGGUGGCGUGGCGCCGCGCGCGCCCGCCGCCCGCGCCCCUGCCGCACCCCCCGGACUUCCCCAACCCGCUGUUCCAGCGCUGAAGCCCGCUAGUCCCGCGCCCCACUCCUCCGCCGGCGCCGGGCGGUGUCGGCUCUUUCUUCUCACUAGUGUUGCCAGAUGAUGCAAUUUACGCGGGACGACCCGUUUAUUAGGGGUUUCAAAAACGCCUAAUGUCCCGAUUAUAAGACUAUGCGCCUUUAGCUGUUUAUUUGUACAAUUUAUUUUUAACCACUGACCCCGAUUUACUGCGAAUUGGGUCUGGCAACGCUACUACUCACUCACUCAUCUGUGCGCGCCGCCGGAGGACCCCGGGCGAGGGCGCCGCGAGCGCCGCGCUAUCCGCGCCCCUCGCUCGCGCUCGCCGCGCCCUCUUUUAGUUUUACGUCUAUAUUAAUUUAUAUUUAAAUUUAAAUAUCUUAUUAACGUGGAAUCGUCGCCUCCUUCGAAUUUUGUGAUAUUCAUAAUAUAAAUAUUCGAAAUCAUCGUAAUGUUAUGUAAAAUAAUACUGAUUUAUAUUGUAGGU